AUGAAAACAACAACCAUCGGAAUCCUUCUUUUGGCACUGGUUUCCGAAUCGUAUGCAUUCUCUGUUCUACCUUCUCAGAAUGGUCUCCGCACGUCGAUUGCCAGCCAUUGCACCCUCUGCAUGUCUGCUUCGGAAGCUCCAGCAGUGACUGGUGGGUUCAUUGAGACCGAACUGAGAGGACAAGCCAUGAAGCUACACACUCGUGCACAGGCUCCCAAAGAAGGUGAAGCUCCAGAGAAGAAACAAGUAGAACCGUACACUCCAACACACGCAGAUUACCUCAAGUUCCUUGUGGAUUCUGAAUGUAUAUAUCAAGCAUUUGAAGAUGUGGUGAAUGAAUUGGAUGAGCUAUCCGUAUUUAGAAAUACCGGUCUCGAACGAGUUGGCGCUUUAGAACAAGAUAUCGAAUUCAUGGUCAGCGAAUACAACGAGGAGAGGCCUGCUGUAGGAAAGCCUGGAUUGAGCUACGCUAAGGAAAUCCGAACGUUUGGAAAAGGAAAGAAAAUCCCAGAAUUCAUGUGUCAUUUUUACAACUUCUACUUUGCACACACUGCCGGAGGUCGGAUGAUUGGAAAGCAAAUGAGCUCAUUGCUGCUCGACAAAAAGACUCUGGAAUUUUACAAGUGGGAUGGUGAUCUGAAUGAAAUCAAGACCAAGGUAAAGAACGAUAUUGAAGAGAUGGUCAGCCACUGGUCUAGAGAACAAAAGGAUGCCUGCGUGAAUGAAACAGCAGGGGCUUUCCGAGGGGGAGGAAUGAUAAACAGCUACUUGAGUGGAGGACGAUCACCGCAUUAG